AUGCUUCGCUUUGCCCUUUGUGUAAUUGGCAUUUACACAUGUUUUUUAACCUGGGGCGUCGUUCAAGAAAGGGUCACGACAACAGCGUACGGAGGCGAUGCGAACACACCACCCAAAAAAUUCAAAUAUUUCAUCGUACUUAACUUGAUUCAGUCUCUAAUUGCGGCUUUCGUCGCCUUCAUCUAUCUCAAGGCAUGUGGACGACAGCUUCAUUUGAAGACAACACCGCGCGAGCUGUACCUUAAAUAUGGACAAGUGGCCCUUUUCAACUGCAUGGGCUCGCCUUUUGGUUAUGCAGCUCUCAAACACAUUGAUUACCCGACGAUGAUCUUGGGCAAGUCCUGUAAGCUUGUGCCUGUGCUCGUCAUGAACGUGUUGGUGUAUCGUCGUCGAUUUCCUCUGCACAAAUACGUCUGUGUUCUUUUGGUCACCCUCGGUGUGUCGCUCUUUAUGUUGUGCCAGCCUGUCAGUGCACACAAGGCAAAUAAAGGGCCCAGUACGAGUUCAUUAUGGGGCCUCUUUUUACUCUCCAUGAAUCUCAUGAUUGACGGUCUCACAAACGCUACGCAAGAUCAGAUUUUUGUCUCUCGCUUCCGUACGCUUGUCAGCGGACAGCACAUGAUGUUUUUUAUGAACGCUAUUGGAUCUGUCUAUUCAGCCUGCUAUUUAUUCUUUUUCAACCGAAAUGAACUGCUGGAUGCUCUCCGGUUCUUUGAAGCGCAUCCGGUGGUGAUACGUGAUGUCUUUUUAUUUGGCUUUUGUGGCGCGGUGGGCCAGUGUUUUAUUUUUUAUACCCUUCAACAUUAUGGUAGUCUUCGCUUGGUGACAGUGACAGUGACACGAAAGCUAUUUACAAUGCUUUUGAGUGUAUUUUGGUUCAAUCAUCAGUUGGUGAUGGGUCAAUGGACCGGUGUCGUCCUCGUUUUUACAGCUAUUGGCAUUGAAGCGUAUGUUGGAAAGAAGCAAAAGAAAGCCAAAAAGCUGGAUCAUGCCAAUGAUCCGAGCAUUGUCAAUGAAAAACUGAAUACAAAUGACAACAACGACAUGCAUAAAAUGAACGAUCGUCAGCCACCUAAAGCCAAAGUAGCUUGA